CCGCAUGCGCGCAGUACACAAAAUGUCGGGAGGACCGGCAGAGUUAGACCUGCGGUGAGAGAUUUAUUGGAAGAAAAAGCCCAACUGGAAGGGAACCACGACUGUAGACGAGGGAACAGCAACAAGUGAACCUGCCCGAGGACUGAGAGCAUCAACUGGAGAGAAACCCAUCUAACUCAGAGAUUCCAGUGAUUCAGUCAGGAGAAAGUUUGGGACCCUGCAGUAUUGUGUCCAGCUCCUCGUGCUAUAGCCAAAUUGAUUGGUGGAUUCCUGGCUACUCCAUAGGAGAGAAAAGUGAUCAUCCAGAAUCGCUCAGUUGUUCCUCUCCGCUGCCGUGCACCUGUUAAAAAUGACAAGGAAUUUGUCUACGGGAAUCUCAAACAGAUCACGUCAGGUUUGCUGUCUCUAUCCAGAUAUUUAAGACGAGGAGCAAGGGAUUCAUUCAACCUUCCUUCCUGCUCAGACUGUGUGGAGGGAUUCAUUUGCUCAUCUGACUGACUGGCACACCCGUUAUUUUACACAAGAGAGAGUCCGUUCAUAUUCUCAGACUGUGGGAAGGGAUUCACUCGGUCAUCUCAACUGAAGGAACAUCAGCGGGUUCACACUGGGCAAGGCCAUUCAUCUGUUUUGUGGGUGAGAAGGGAUUCAGUCACUCUUCCCAGCUGUGGAGACACCAGUCAGUUCACACUGGGCAGAGUCUGGUCAUCUGCUGAAUUUGUGGGGAAGGAUUCAUUCGGUCAUCUGAUCUAAUGGCUCAUCAGCGAGUUCGCACUGGUGAGAGGCCAUUCACCUGCUCGGACUGUGGGAAGGGAUUCAAAUACUCAUCUAAACUGAAGGAACACCAGCGAGUUCACACUGGAGAGAAGCCGUUCACCUGCUCAGACUGCGGGAAGAGAUUCACUCGUUCAUCCACCCUAAUGGCACACCGGCGAGUUCACACCGGGGAGCGGCCGUUCACCUGCUCAGACUGUGGGAAGGGAUUCACUUGCUCAUCUAAACUGAAGGAACAUCAGCGAGUUCACACUGGAGAGAAGCCGUUCAGCUGCUCAGACUGUGGGAAGGGAUUCACUCGGUCAUCCGACCUACUGACACACAGGUCAGUUCACACUGGGGAGAGGCCGUUCACCUGCUCGGACUGUGGGAAGGGAUUCACUUGGUCAUCGGACCUACUGGUACACCAGCGAGUUCACACUGGAGAGAGGCCGUUCACCUGCUCAGACUGCGGGAAGGGAUUCACUUGCUCAUCCCAACUGAAGGUACAUCAGAGAGUUCACACUGGGGAGAGGCCGUUCACCUGCUCAGAUUGUGGGAAGAGAUUCACUCGGUCAUCUGAACUACUGGUACACAAGUCAGUUCACACUGGGGUCAGGCUGUUCACCUGCUCGGACUGCGGGAAGGGAUUCACUCGGUCAUCCACCCUAAUGGCACACCAGCGAUUUCACACCGGGGAGCGGCCAUUCACGUGCUCAGACUGUGGAAAGGGAUUCCCUUGCUCAUCUAACCUGAAGGAGCAUCAGCGAAUUCACACUGGAGAGAGGCCGUUCUCUUGCUUAGACUGUGGGAAGGCAUUCAUUUCGUCAUCUAAACUGAAGGUACAUCAGCGAAUUCACACUGGGGAGAGGCCAUUCACCUGCUCAGACUGCGGGAAGGGAUUCACUCAGUCAUCUGACCUACUGGUACACCAGUCAGUUCACACUGGAGAGAGGCCGUUCACCUGCUCAGACUGCGGGAAGGGAUUCACUCGGUCAUCCAAACUACUGGUACACCAGCGAAUUCACACUGGGGAGAAGCCGUUCAACUGUUCAGUCUGUGGGAUGAGAUUCAGUCAGUCAUCCACCCUACAGAGACAUCAGCGAGUUCACACUGGGGAGAAGUCGUUCACCUGCUCAGUCUGUGGGAGGAGAUUCACUCGGUCAUCCCACCUACUAAGUCAUCAGCGAGUUCACACGGGAGAGACUGUUCACCUGCUGUGAAUGUGGGAAAGAAUUCAUAUGGUCAUCUUGACUACAGAGACACCAGCAAGUUCACACCAGUGGUAGAAUCUGUUCACCUGCUCAGACACUGGGAGGAGUUUCUCUCAGCCUUCUCAAUCAAAUGUGCAUGAUUGAGUUCAGGCUGGGUACAGGCCGUUCACCUGCUGUGAAUGUGGGAAGGGAUUCACUCAGUAACCUAACCUUGUGACACACUACUGGGUUCACACUGGGGAGAAAGUUUCAGUAAGCUUCAUGCUGGAGAUUUGCCCGUCACCAUUGCUGAAUGCAAUUUCUUCUGGAUAUUCACCUUUAAUGGGACUAGAGUUUACAAUCUGGAUCUGGGAAAAAUAAAUCAGUUCA